AUGGACUUUCAGCAUAAUAGUAGCAAUCCGCCUAGCCUCGCGAACAGCUGUUAUAGCAAUAAUGCUGCUAGACGGAGCGCCUUGAACUUUUCCCGCCCAUUACCACAGCAGCUACAAGCAACUGAGCCACAAGGGUUAAUAAAUAUGAAUCGGCCUAGGUCACCCGCCGGCUCACCUAUGGUUUCACCCUCUCAUUCCCCCAGUCGCUGGGGCCGAGAUCCAAGUACUCUGUAUUCCAUGAGAUACGCCAACGAGCAAGUUCAAAGACCUGCCUCUAGACUUACUGUGCCUAGAACGAGACCAGGCCCUCGGCCGGACUCUGUGAUCUCGAUCACUCCAGCAGACCUUCCCGGAAUAUCACACUAUCAACCAAUGUCCUAUGGACAACUGAAGGAGAUCCGCCGUGUAGCUGAACGAAGCAAGGGAGAUAGGUUCCCGUCUCUUCCUGAGGAGCAAGGUGAAUUUUGUCCAGAGCCACCAGAUGGUGGUUUCAUGGCAUGGGCUCAUGCUGCUUCUGGGUUUUUCAUCACUUUCAACACCUUGUAA